UUUGUGCAAAAGCAAAAACCUACACACAAAACUCUCGCCCAAUUGAUAAGCCAGCCCAGUGAAUGAAACAAACAUAAAUAAACAAUAAAUAAAUUAAAUUAACUCAUCUUCCUUGUUAUCAUGCUUAUGCUAAUAGCUUUCGCGAGUUUUCAACAAUAAAAUUCCAAUCGAUUCCCUUAUGAUUUCUAGUUCAAUUCGACAUAAAACAAAAGUGCCCAUUCUCCUUCAUUCACGAGAACGCAAAAAAACUAGAUAGAAUAAGAACAUAAAAUAAUUUCUAGAAACAACAAAAUGUGCAUAAAUUAAAACCCAAAACUUAGCCCUAACAAGUUUUUCAAAGUCACAUUUGGUUUGAAUUUAAUUACCACCAGAGUAAUGUGGAUAUUCGGAUACCUUCCGUCAGCUAAAUCAAACUCCAUUUUACCCUGGGUGAUCCAUGUUUGCGCCCAUAUAUGCAUUUUAAGGCAACACUUUGCUUCGGCUGAGCGAAUAGCUUUACUGCCAUCGCCAACUCAUUUUCAGCCAUGUGAUCGCAGUAGAAAAGUAUUUACUGAAGCCUAUGGCGAGAUUUCCGAUGGUCCCGCCGGAUUCAAUUAUACACAAGAUUCUCACUGUGAAUGGUUGAUCAAGGCAAGGAAUGCGAGUCAAUUUAUCACGCUAACAUUUCACAGCAUGGGAACAGAGUGUUCGUAUGAUUAUAUUUAUGUUUAUGAUGGCGAUACGUUCAAUGCCACAUUGUUGGGGAGUUUUAGUGGAAGGACGGAACCACAACGUCUUGUUGCAAGUUCUGGAAAUAUGCUGAUUCUAUUGUAUAGUGACACAAAUUACGUGCUGGAUGGGUUCCGGGCAUCGUACUACAUAUCAAAUUGUUUGAACAAUUGUCACAAUCAUGGCAAAUGUGUUGGUCAUCAGUGUGUUUGCCAUGGAGAAUGGGUGGGACCGGAUUGCAAGGAUGAAGCAUGUCCGGAUAAGUGUGGCGAGCUCUUCGGGCGGGGGAAGUGCAUCAAUGGAAUGUGCAAAUGUGAACAGGGAUAUACAGGCAAACUAUGUGACUUAUUUGUCAAUCCAAAUGGCAGUAAUUGGCGCUGGUUGGCAGCAGAUUCCGAUGGAAUGACACCAAGAGCAGCACACACUUCCGUGUAUGUAGAAGAACAAGAUUCUUUGUAUGUGUUUGGUGGAUACGAUUUGAAUCACGUGUUGGAUUCAUUACAGAUUUAUCGCUUCAACACAAGUCAAUGGGAAGAUGAAUGGGGAAUUCCCCUACACAAUCGACAUCAUUUCUAUCAACCACAGAAAAUAGAUCGUACUUUGCUGCAGGCAGUACUUUCAAAUCGUAACGAAGACGAAGCUAAAUUAUGGGGUCUCAAUAGUAAUGUAUCGUUUUUUACAAAUGUUCUACAUACUUUGGCAAAAAGCAAUUUAAAUCAACGUAGAACACGAUCUUAUAAUAAUGAAACUGAAAAACAUUUAUCAAGUGUUUUUGAAGACAUUCUAGAGAAUGUUACUGAUAAUAAGCCAUUAGCGAGAUAUGGUCAUGCAGCUGAUAAUGUACCAGAUGGAUUUGUUAUAUUCGGAGGAAAGCUCGAAAACGGUAGUUUUUGUAAUGACCUUUGGUUUUACAACACAACUGAAAGUGGCGGCAAAUGGCGCUUAAUGGCUAAGAAUUCAAUUCUCAAACCUCCUGCCGUUGCUAGACAUUCAAUAAACCGAGCUGGAGAAUUUUUGUAUCUUUUCGGAGGCACACUCGAAACAGGAGAUUUUUCAUCAAGAAUAUUUCGAAUAAAAGUACCAACACUCGAUGAUGAAAACAACGAACAAUGGCUAGAAAUAAAUCCUCGUGGUGGCAAGACAUUGGACGUACGUUUAGCAGCUCACUCAACUGUAUACUAUCAGCAUUCGAAUUCGCUAAUUGUAUUUGGUGGAAUCAUGACCAGUUUGGCGAGGUUUUCCAAACUUUCCGAUCGCAUUUAUUCCUUUCAACUGGACAAAUUCCAUUGGACAGAAAUUCUUUAUCCAAAAACUGCCCUGCGUGAUACUAAUAUCCCACGUGAACGUGCAUUUCACACUGCGACCAUAUCAGGGAAUCAUAUGAUUGUGUUUGGAGGUUACACUCAUCGUCACAACAAAGAAGAAAUCUGCUAUGACAAUCAAAUGUAUUGGUACCAUUUGAGUUGUCACAUUUGGAUAAAUCAAGAAGUAUCCAAUGACAAGCGUCCGUAUCCCAAAAAGCAAGGCGUUUUUGCUCAUGCAGCUUCUCUAAGAUUAAACAACUCAUUGCUGAUUGUUGGCGGAUAUCAUGGCAAUGUUAAUGCUGAUCUUUUUGCUUAUGAGUUGCCGCAGGUGUUGAGAGUACAAAAUGACAUAUACAACCCGGAAAAGUCUUGCCGCUUGCACGUUUCUCAUACAGCUUGCCUGUCGGAUCCAGAAUGCGGCUGGUGUUCGGCAGAUAGUAGCUGCUAUGGAAGAACAAUUGGAGCCAAUUGCACGACUAAUUUACAAAUUACUCGAUGUCCAGGUAUUUGUCCAUCUCUUGGAGACUGCCAUUCGUGUUUGGUUCAUGGUACACAGUGGUCCUCUUCGACGAGUUAUUUUAGUGUGGCCAGCAAGUUGGGAUUGAAUGAAUGCACUUGGUGUGUUCAAAAUGCUAGAUGUCAUCAUCGAGACGAUAACUACGGUGUGUGUGGGGAGGAUACUCCAUCUCAUACACCAGGUUGGUGGGGUGACAAGGGAACAGAGAUUUUAAGUCCAGAGCAGUGCACAAAUCAUGACCGUCGUCCAGGAUUGACCUACAUAAAGUAUCAUUACCCUGUGAAUUUAACAAUGCCUGACUUUGUGUCGAUUGUGAAUGCGACAAUGGUUGACUUUGCCUCCCCCACACCGACAACUCAGAUGGAACACCAGUUUAGUGGGGAAAUGCUGGCCCGGCUGACUGGAUUUGUCAGACCACCGAAAAACUGGGAUCAGACUGAGUUUCAAAUUUGCACUAGCUACUCGUCGUCAGUGCUAAGAGCAGGUCUGGGGACAACUUUGGACGAAUUAGAUGACAUAUCGAACCAAACUACAACUCAGUCGUUUUGCAAAAGUGUGAAAACUCCCAGCAUGGAUCUGCCCUUCCUCAUUGACUUUCAGGCUAGGAGAAAAAUUGGCGCUGGCAGUGUGUACAACACUUAUCAAAAAAGUCAAAUGGAACUGCAGCAUUCCAGUCAUGGUAAUUUGAAGGCUUUCACCUUUGAGUACCUUGAACCAUAUUUCUUUGGCGAAUGCGAAAAAUACACAAAUUGUCUCGAAUGUCUCACAGACGCAGCAUGUGGCUGGUGUGACCUAAACACCAAGUGUUUCUCGCGAGCUAUUAACGAGACAAAAGAAUGUGCCAUAUCAAGUGAGAAUUCCUCUUCGUGGAAAUACUUAAUUACUCAGCCAGGUCAAUGCAAUAACUGUUCGAAUUAUAUUUCCUGUGAGGAAUGCAUCGAUACGAAACUUUGCGAAUGGUGGGCUGAAGAUGCUCGUUGUUCACGCCUAGGAAAAUCACCCACCGGCAUCCAAGAGAUUUCUCAAUGUCCAAUGCCGUGUCGGCUUAGAAAUUCCUGCUCAGAGUGUCUCAAUGAUCGUGGUCGUUGUGUUUGGUGUGAAGCAAAUUCUCAAUGUUUCAGUUUCGCUGUUUAUACAAGCGAAUAUCAAUUUGGAAUGUGCCGUGAAUGGAUGGACCAAUCGAUUGUUCCCAUUUCUGGAGCUUUCGAAACCCCAUCGCCACUUGCAUCGAAUUCAAUUGGGAAGCCAAAACCCCAACAACAAUGCAAGUCAUGUUCCCAACACACAAACUGCUCGGGCUGUUUGAAAACCCUAAAUUGUGGCUGGUGUUUCGAUAGAGAUAACCCGAUAGAGGGCGUUUGCAUGCAGGGAGAUUUUAGUAGACCGUUUGGCAACUGUUCGGUCAUGUUGAACACUACCAGCUAUGAGGAGGCAGAGUGGGCAUACUCUCAAUGUCCAGAUGUAGAUGAAUGUGGACUUGGGCUUCAUGAUUGUCAUAAAGAAGCCAAGUGUACCAAUACACAUGGAUCGUUUAGUUGCCACUGUCGUCGGGGAUAUAUUGGAGAUGGUCGACUUUCAUGUAUUCGAACUUGCUAUGAGUCUUGCUCACAUGGACACUGUUCGGGUUCCCCAGAUUAUGUUUGCAAAUGUGACCUGGGCUGGACUGGGGACGACUGCUCGGUGAAUUGUGGCUGCAAUAAUCAUUCAACUUGUAAUGAACGAAUUGGAAAGUGUGACCAGUGUCAGGCAUGGACCGAGGGAGAGCGUUGUGAACGAUGUCGACCUGGAAGCUAUGGAAAUGCCACCUCACUUGAGGGUUGUCAUCCGUGUGAAUGCAAUGGACAUGGCAAUCAAGAUCGAGGGAUAUGCGAUGCCCACAAUGGUGAGUGCUUCUGCAAGGACAACACCGAUGGAUUCAAAUGUGAUGUAUGCAAUAAAAACUACUACGGAGACCCAAGAGAUGGUGGACAGUGUUAUUUUCAAUGUGAAAGUCGUGGAAUACUCAAAUCAGCAGGGAAACAUGGAAUCGGUUCAUAUCAGUCGUAUAAAAGCCCUUGGGGUGGAGCUGAGGUACGGGAGUGUCUGUGGUUGGUGUCACCAGAACCGACAGUCGCCGAAUCGGACACAAUUAUCCAAAUGGAAUUCGAGUGGUCAAGCUUGGUUAUGAAUUGUGACGAAAAUGCUGUCUAUAUUUAUGAUAGUCUGCCUGAUCUCACAGGAACUAGUCAGCAACGACAGUUGGUUGGCAUUGUCUGUAAUCCAUACACCUCCCAGCGGAUAAUUGAAGCACACUCGGGACACUUGACGGUUCACUACAAACAAGGUGGCGAGAAUUUCGGAUUUAAUGCACUGUACAACGUAAAGAAUUGCGGUGCCCGCACCUGUCUCGAUCCACACGUCUGUGACGACAAUGGCAAGUGCACUUGUCCUCUAGGAUAUGUGGGUUCCAAAUGUGAAUUGAGAAUAUGUCCGAAUAAUUGCAAUGCUGACUCAGGAAAGGGCUUUUGUGACUCACAUUAUGGUCGCUGUCUUUGCAGUGCAAACUAUGGUGGACCAGAUUGUGGAGUGGUGAUUAAGAGUAAUCUCCUCCAAGUUACCGAAUUGUUUAAUACACUUUUCCUAAGUGAUUCUUUGGAGCAUUUAAAAAAGACAAUUCCACGCUUUGGACAUUCUCUGAGCGCAGACAAACGUGGUUCGUUGUGGAUGUUUGGUGGAUAUUCUCUAUCAAAUGGACCUCUCAAUGAUAUCCGACAAUUUGACACAAAGAACAAUACUUGGGUUCAAGUGGCUGUGGAAUCUACUCCAGAUGCUAAAAUGCCAUUAGGAAGGUACUUCCAUGCAGCUGAGAUUUAUUUGGCCAAACAAUCCAUUUACAUUUAUGGUGGAUUGUCACGAACUGAAAAGAACAAAUCAGCCCGUGGACAAGUUCUUGAUGACUUUUGGCAAUUUUCAAUUCAAAAUCAACGAUGGGAUGAGAUUGAAUUCUUCACAAAUGAUCGUCCACCUCCCCUGGCUGGACAUACUCUGACAUUUAUCAAGAAACACGACAGAGAGUCCUUGCUUUUGAUUGGUGGCAUAUCAUCAGACAAAGUAGUCAAUCAACUGGAAUUGUGGGAGUUUAACUUGGAUGCUACCCGUUGGGAGCGACUAUUAGCCCUCGGAGUGCAAAUGCCAGUUUUGUACGGGCACAGUGCAGUAUAUCAUGCGACGUCAAAUAUUGUUUAUGUUUUUGGUGGAUAUGCUUCGGGAGAAAUUCAAAACAAACUAUACGCUUUGAAUCUACAAAAGAUUACCUGGACAGAGUUGCCAGUAUUUAAGGAAUUGAAUAGGCCAGAGAAUAACCUUCCACGUGGAAGGUAUUUCCAUUCGGCCGUUACAACGGAGAACUACAUGAUAGUCUAUGGAGGAAGAACGAAGCCGUACAAUGCCAGUGAUGUCCUUGUAGCUUAUAUCUACGAUUGCAAUCAGUGGGUGCGGUUGACAGAAGACGUUGAAAUCCUAGGCAAACUGCCGCAAUAUACAUUUGCAGAGGGAGUAACUAUUGAUCAAGACAAUAAAGCUAUUUACGUGGUGGGUGGAUGGGAUGGAAGUACACAGGGCCAAGUGAUAAAGGUGGGACUUCCCGAUGAUAUAUGUCAGUUCUGGAGCACAGGGAAAUAUCUAUGUCGCCACUAUAUGGGCUGCAGUUUCUGUAGUGUGGUCUCAGAAGAAGAUACUUCUACAUUCUGUUUCUCUGAAGGAAACUCCGAUGUGUGUGAGUCGACUAAUGGCACUUUAAUCUCAAAUAAUGGAGCUCUAUGUGAUGACGCUUGGAUGUCUCGAAGGAAUUGUUUGACGUUCACCACCUGUACCGCCUGUCUGGCAUCGUGGCCAACGCAUUCCGAAUCUUCACCAGUCUGCCAGUGGUGUGACGACUGUGGAAUCAAAGGCCGUUGUGUGCCAGCUGGAGUUGACUGUGACCGACCGAGCACAUGGUGCAGCAAACACACUAGUGUGGGACUUCUAAAUCUCUGCCCACAGCCUCAAUGUCAUACACUGAAUUGUGAGAACUGCCUUUCGAAUGACAACUGUGAAUGGGCAUUGAAUGAUGUCGGCAUCACUGAGUGCAUCACCAAGGAGCUUGUCGAAAAAAAUCAGUACAAGGUGAUAGGAACUUGUCCCCCAGCAUGUAGCAAUUUUAAUAACUGCAGCACAUGUUUGACCACGGAGCGAGAAAACCCAAAGGAUUGUCGAUGGUCAGCUAUGCUCAAUGCUUGUAUAUCUCCACGGACACAACCUCUCUUUUGCGCUGGUGGAGUCUGUGGUUUAGUGUUGAACUCGAACGAUAUUGAAUAUUGUCCAGAGCCAUGUGAUGUUUACACACAGUGCUCGACUUGUCUUAAACAUGCACACUGCGGCUGGUGUUCGAAAGACGGGGAGAACGGUGAAGGUGUCUGUACAGAGGGUUCUCUGGAGGUUUCAUUGGGAAAUCAGUCAGCUUUGACAUGUGAACUUGUCUACCCAACUGCUAGUAAUAGUUCGUUGAUGAAUCUCUCUGGCACACUAACUUGGAACUACGUCCAGUGUCCAGCGGAGAAUGAAUGCAGUAAUGGCCAUCAUAAUUGUGAUCCUGUCUCAGAGAAAUGUGUCGACUCGCAUUUUGGGUACCAAUGCAUCUGUGCCGAAGGCUAUCGUCAGGAAAACAGUUCUUGUGUUCCAGUCUGUUCUCAGGGCUGUGUUCGUGGAAAGUGCAUUCAGCCAAAUAAAUGCGAGUGUUUCUUUGGCUAUGUAGGAGCUAAUUGUAGCAUACAGUGUCAGUGCAACGGCCAUUCUGACUGUGAGGGUCCUGACAAGCUAGACUCCUGCAUCAAGUGUCACAAUAACACUAUGGGAGCACAGUGUGAGAAAUGUCAACCGCUUUUUGUGGGCAAUCCCAAAGAAGGCAAGAAUUGUGUGCCAUGUUUGGAAUACUGCAAUGGUCAUACCGAUGUUUGUGUAAAUGCCGAAUUUGAUCCAGUUGUCUUCAAUAUGACCAGAGCUGAUUUGGAGAAGAUAUUGCCCCAAGGGCCUGAAGCAAAUGCCACCUGCUUGCGAUGUAGCAACUUUACAGAUGGCAGUCGAUGUGACACUUGCAUUACUGGCUUCUUUCGUGGAACCGACGAUUUACACAAAGAAUGCCGACCAUGUCAGUGUCAUGGGCAUGGAAACAUUUGUGAUCCAGUCACUGGGGAGAAAUGCAACUGUGCCAAUAACACGGAAAGUGACGCUACUUGUACAGCAGGUGGGGGAAAAAAUUCCGCUCAACUGUGUUGGAUGGUACAGUGCUCGAAAUGUCGCGAUUCUUAUGCUGGCAAUCCAAUCGAUGGACAUCAAUGUUAUAAACAAAUUACUGUGGAAUCUAGAAUGUGCUUUGAUGCUAAACCAAUUGAAGAAUGCAAAGCCAAGCCAUUGCCUUUAAAACCCGGCCAGACUGUGUUCUUUGUCAUACAACCGCGUUUCAUGAAUGUCGACAUACGAAUCCUAAUCGAUGUAACCCAAGGAGAACUCGAUGUAUUCAUGUCGCCUCAAGAUGAUUCGUUUAUUGUCGAAAACAACGAAACUACUGGACACCAUUCGGUCUUCUUAGAUAACCGCUAUCGAUGGGUGUCUAGAUCUCAUCUUUCCUACCCUUUGAAUAUCGCCCAAUCGAAACAUGAGAAUGUCACAAUCAAAACAAUGAUAAGUGAACAAAAACUAUUUUGGACUCCACACAUACACGACUGUAAGUCUUUGGGUGGAACUGGAUUCUACGUCAAGGACAAACAUGCCAGAGAAUUGAGCACCCACGUUACACUCCAUCAAUGCAAUACCCUGUUACGUCUAUUCGGCUUGAAGAACCGUCUUGUUCUUACUUUACCCCAAAACUCACACAAUUUAAGUGCAACACGGUUUUUCAUAGCUUUGCGGGCAAGUCCCGGAUCCGAUCAGAGCUAUGGUUCAAUUGUUUUCCGACAAGAUCAAUUACAUAUCGAUCUAUUUGUAUUCUUUUCUGUUUUCUUUUCUUGUUUCUUUCUGUUUUUGGCGAUAUGUGUGGUUGCCUGGAAGGCAAAACAAGCUGCCGAUCUGCGACGAGCUCGACGACGUCAUAUUGUCGAAAUGCUUCACAUGGCCAAACGGCCAUUUGCAUGUGUUUUCCUUACCAUGUGUCAUGACACUGAAAGUCCCAUGCCAUUGACUCGUCGUGGUCGAAUUAAAGUUCUCUCUUCAUCGUCAUCCCAAUCGGCAAGUCCCUUAAUAAGAUUGGUAGCCAUAGAACCGACAUCGGACAACUAUGCUGCAGUAGGAACAGUGUUUGUCAGUCUUCCGGGCAAUCAGAAGGCGCCCAACACUUUGGCUCUAGGAUCAUCAAUGAUUCUGUUCCCCCGACAAUAUCCCCUGAACGCAAGAAAUGCGCAAAGGAAUCGACGUUCCAGCUCUCAGCAGCAACUGCCCGUUAAUUGAGCAAAAAAACUAAUUAACCGACUGAUCAAUUUAUUUUUUUUUAUAUAGAUACAUAGAAGGUGUCCCUAAUCUUCUAUUUUUUUAGUUCUUAUUUUAUACUCUUCUAAAAAGAAAAAAAAAAAACAAAACAAAAGGAGGUGGGAAUCUCAUCGUUAGGAAUUUUUGAAACAUGUUUACAAUAAUAAGAAGUGUUCUAAACUAUCCGCGAUAACAAUAAGUAACAUAAUUAAUUAAUUAAAAUUAGCAAUCAAUGUUGAGUGUUAAAAAAGAAAAAGAAAAAAACAAAGAAAA